GCAGGUUGCUUCGCCCAGCCGCCUUGGUCGCGGCUCACCUCCGACAUCACCCUUCUGUACCCGUGUUGACUCUAGGCUCAUGCUGUAGGCCUCGAGGCCCUGCCGAGCCCCACCGGCCGCGGCGCCGAGCAGCUGUGCCCGCCGCCAGCCGCCCGCCACACCCACACACCGACAGCCCCGCUACGCAACCCCGGCGCAGCCCCUCCUUGGCUAGAAAGCCCCGCGGGGCACAGGUACGUGACGGAGUGACUGAGAGACUGGCGGCAUUUGCAUCGCCUGGCGUGAGUACGUGUGGAAACGGAGGAAGAAAAGGGAGAAGGGUGACCGCCGGGAUGGGGAGCGCCGCGCCCCACCCCGCCCCCCGCCUCCUGCUGCAGCUCGGGGCGGCCCUGCUACUCUUCACCUCAGGAGGAGCGGAACGUGCACCUUCGCCCCACUCCAACAGAGUGCAUAGCUUCGAGCCUCAGUUUUUGGAGCCCCUGCAAAACGUUACGGUGACGGAGGGACGCGAGGCCACCUUCACCUGUGUCGUAGAUCACCUGGGAGGAUACAGGGGCCAGUGGGUCGGGGUAGCGUGGAUCAAGGCGGACACGAAGGCGAUCCUAGCCAUCCACAACCGGGUCAUCACACACAACAACCGCAUGAACGUCAUCCACUCAGACCACAAGACCUGGGAACUGAAGAUCAAGGAUGUGAGGCGCAAUGAUUCUGGAGAGUACAUGUGCCAGAUCAACACUGACCCCAUGAAACACCAGGUAGUCGGGCAUCUCAAUGUGGUGAUUCCCCCGGACAUCAUUGCCGAGGAGAGCUCCGGGGAUGUGAUGGUGUCAGAGGGCAACACGGUAAGGCUUGUGUGUCGCGCCCGAGGAUAUCCAGAGCCCCGGGUGGAGUGGCGGAGGGAGGAUGGCCGGAAGAUUGCGCUCCGCCCCGCUGGACAGUCUAAGAAUGAAGUCCAAACGUGGGAGGGCUCGGAGUUGAUACUGGAGAGAGUGACGAGAGAUGACAUGGGAGCUUACCUGUGUAUUGCUUCUAAUGAGAUACCACCGGCCGUCAGCAAACGUAUGGUGGUCCAGGUGCAUUUUCACCCUGUGGUCCGCAUCCCCAACCAGCUGGUGGGGGCGCCGGUGGGAACCAACGUGACCCUGGAGUGCGAGGUAGAGGCGAGUCCCAAGUCCAUUAACUUCUGGACAAAAAUUAUGGACGAGCAAGGCCCUCAAAUCGUGGACAGCCGGCGGUACGUGAACAAGGAGAUCGAGGUGAACCAGUACACGCUGAAGAUGCACCUCACCAUUCUCGACCUGGAGGAGGACGACUUCACCCACUACAGCUGCACCGCCAAGAACUCGCUCGGGGAGGUGAAGGGAAAGAUCAAACUCUACGAAAUUCCCCUGCCCAAGCCGCUCACCACGCCCCAAGAGGUCCUGGUGGGCACAGUGGGCGGCGAGGACGACAACCUCAUCCCGCACACCCGCCACGAUCAGCUCAUUCCCCUCACCGAAGACAAGCAGGCGGCCUCACCUCGCCAAGGAAAGCCCUCCGCCACACGCCCUCCGCCUCCAUCCCGCCCCAGGAACACCCACGCUGUGCCAUACUCCCCCGAGGAACCCAGGGGAGACAGGGGGACAGGUGCAGGCGCGGCGACCCCCCUCCUGGGCCCCAUCCUCGCUGCCCUACUGGUGGUAAUACUGGUGCCCCGUGUCUCGUGGUACCGGGGGCUGUGGUGAGGCUGUGGGGCUGCCCUGUUCGCUCAAGCCGCCCCAUUGAUAGGUGUUCCCAGUCCCCAGUCCCCCAGUCAGUCCCCUGUUCCCAAGUUCCCAGCCUCGACCCUCCUUAGCCCCGUCAGUCCCUUUUCUCUGUUGGUUAUUGAUUUUUUUUUUCUUUUAGCAAUCUCCAUCUUUUUUUUUUGCCAUCUUGUUCGUCUUGCCGUUUAUUCUCUCUCUCUCUCUCUCUCUCUCUCUCUCUCUCUCUCUCUCUCUCUCUCUCUCUCUCUCUCUCUCUCUCUCUCUCUCUCUCUCUCUCUC